AUGGAUAAAUACAAAUAUCGUGUUGAGAUUCAACAAAUGAUGUUCGUUUCUGGCGAAAAUAACGAUCCACCUGUGGAAACAACUUGUUUGAUAGAGGAUAUUGUACGGGGGCAAGUAAUCGAAAUAUUGUUGCAAUCGACCAAGACGGCACAUUCGCGAGGAAGCAAAAGCAUUAUGCCCGAGGAUGUGAUCUUUCUGAUUCGUCACGACAAAGCCAAGGUCAACAGGCUCCGAACAUAUCUAUCGUGGAAAGAUUUACGAAAGAAUGCCAAAGACCAAGAUGCCAAUGCAGCAGCAGCAGGUAAUCCCGGGGGAGGAGCAGACGGUGCCGAAGCUGGCGUGGAAGACGACGACAAGAAGGGCGACAAGGAUGGCGGAAACAUGAUGAAAGUUAAGAAGUCACAGAUCAAGCUUCCUUGGGAGCUGCAGUUUAUGUUCAACGAACAACCGCUAGAGAAUAAUGAGGACGCUGACGAUUUGGAUGAGGAUGAACGAGAAGCCAAUGUUGCUACCCUGAAACGACUCAAAAUGGCCGACGACAGAACCCGGGAUAUGACGAAAGAAGAGUACGUGCAUUGGUCCGACUGUCGUCAGGCGAGUUUCACUUUCAGGAAGGGAAAGAGAUUUAAAGACUGGUCCGGCAUCACGCAACUUACCGAGAGUAAACCCCACGACGACGUGAUAGAUAUUCUUGGGUUUUUGACUUUUGAAAUCGUUUGCUCUCUGACGGAAACUGCUCUUAAAUUCAAGAAGCGCGAGGAACUUCUGCAAACCAAGAGAGACAAAUCUCAAAAAUUACAGCAAGAUCUUAUUGUCGAGACGUUACGAGAGCGCAAGAAGCGUUUGUUUGAUGGGCCUGAUAACGUGGUGAAUCCAUUGAAGCCUAAGCACAUAGAAGAAGCAUGGCGUUCCCUUCAGGCCAUUGACAUGAGGCAUCGUGCGCUUACAAAUUUCAAAGGCGGGCGAUUAAGUUCGCGACUUGCUAUUAUGUAG